AUGGAGUGCUGCCGCUGGACAACCGCUGGCACCUUGCUCCUAGCUUCCCUCAUCCUGAGCUCCAGAACAGCUCGCUCAGAGGAAGACCGAGACUCACUGUGGGAUGCCUGGGGCUCGUGGAGCGAAUGCUCACGCACCUGUGGAGGAGGGGCUUCAUAUUCACUGCGACGCUGCCUGAGCAGCAAGACCUGUGAAGGGCGAAACAUCCGGUACAGGACAUGCAGCAAUGUGGACUGCCCACCAGAAGCAGGUGAUUUUCGUGCCCAGCAGUGCUCUGCUCACAACGACGUCAAGUACCAGGGGCAGCUGUAUGAGUGGCUUCCCGUGACUAACGACCCUGACAACCCAUGCUCACUGAAGUGCCAGGCCAGAGGAACAGCUCUGGUUGUGGAGCUGGCACCAAAAGUUCUGGAUGGGACACGGUGCUACACUGAAUCCCUGGACAUGUGCAUCAGUGGCUUGUGCCAAAUUGUUGGCUGUGACCACCAGCUGGGAAGUGCUGUCAAGGAAGAUAACUGUGGGGUCUGCAAUGGAGAUGGGUCCACCUGCCGGCUAGUUCGAGGCCAGUAUAAGUCCCAGCUCUCUGCAAGUAAAUUGGAUGAUACAGUGGUUGCUAUUCCCUAUGGAAGCCGACAAGUUCGUUUCGUGCUGAAAGGACCCGAUCAUUUAUAUUUGGAAACUAAGACUCUCCAAGGUGUGAAGAGUGAAAACAGCCUCAGCACCACUGGCUCCUUCCUUGUAGAAAAUUCUAGCAUUGACUUCCAGAAGUUUCCUGACAAGGAGAUCUUAAGAAUAUCUGGGCCUCUCACUGCAGACUUUACUAUCAAGAUCCAUUAUGCUGGUGCUGCUGACAGUUCAGUCCAGUUCAUCUUCUACCAGCCUAUCAUUCAUAGAUGGAGGGAAACUGAUUUUUUCCCUUGUUCAGCAUCCUGUGGUGGAGGUUAUCAGCUGACAUCUGCUGAGUGCUUUGAUCUGAGAAGCAAUCGGGUAGUAGCAGAUCAAUACUGUCACUAUUAUCCUGAAAAUAUCAAGCCAAAGCCUAAACUUCAAGAGUGUAAUCUGGAUCCUUGUCCUGCAAGAUGGGAAAGUUCACCCUGGACUGCCUGUUCCUCCUCCUGUGGAGGGGGCAUUCAAAGCCGCAGCGUCUCCUGUGUGGAAGAAGACAUUCAGGGGCACAUCAGCCCCGUGGAAGAAUGGAAAUGCAUGUAUACUCCAAAGAUGCCUGUUGUCCAGCCUUGCAAUAUAUUUGACUGUCCAAAGUGGCUUGCUCAAGAAUGGUCUCCGUGCACUGUGACCUGUGGACAAGGACUCAGAUACCGUGUGGUCCUUUGCAUUGAUCACCGGGGGAUGCAUACAGGAGGCUGUAGUACUAAAACAAAGCCACACAUUAAAGAAGAAUGUGUUGUACCCACUCCUUGCUACAAGCCCAAAGAGAAACUUCCUGUGGAAGCAAAGUCACCAUGGUAUAAGCAGGCUCAAGAGCUGGAGGAAGGAACAGCCGUAUCUGAAGAACCCUCGUUUAUUCCUGAGGCUUGGUCCACCUGUAGUGUCACCUGUGGAGUAGGCAGCCAGAUGCGGCUUGUGAAAUGUCAGGUGCUCCUCUCUUUCUCUCAGUCUGUGGCGGAUCUGCCCAUCGAUGAAUGUGAAGGUCCCAAACCUGUGUCUCAGAGAGCCUGUUACAGUGGUCCCUGCAGUGGGGAGGCAACUGACUACACCCCAGAGGAGACUCAGCUUUUGUAUGGCAGCUUGCAGGAGUUUGAUGAGCUCUAUGAUUGGGAAUAUGAAGGCUUUACAGAGUGCUCAGAGUCCUGUGGAGGAGGUGUCCAGGAGGCUGUGGUGACCUGUCUGAACAAACAAACUAGGGAGCUUGCAGACGAAGCACUGUGUGUUAGCAGCCGUCGUCCUCCACAGCUGCUGAAGGCCUGUAGCCUGGACCCCUGCCCCCCAAGAUGGGAGAUUGGGAAUUGGAGCACUUGCAGUCUUACCUGUGGGGUUGGUUUGCAGACACGAAAUGUCUUCUGUUCUCAUCUGCUAUCAAGAGAGACCAAUGAGACCGUGAUUUUGGCAGAUGAGUUGUGCUCUAAACCCAAGCCAUCCCUCGUGCAAGCCUGUAAUCGCUUUGACUGCCCACCCUCCUGGUAUCCUACAGAAUGGCAAGAGUGUUCACAGACCUGUGGUGGUGGUGUCCAGAAGCGAGAUACACUUUGUAAGCAGCGCCUGGCAGAUGGAAGCUUGUUAGAGCUGCCAGAAUCCUUCUGCUCCAUGCCAAGGACCGUUACACAACAAGCCUGCAAAAACGAGGAUUGUCCCAAUGAGUGGCUUCUCUCUGACUGGACACAGUGUUCAGUAAGCUGUGGAGAAGGCACACAGAGCCGAAAUGCUAUUUGCAGAAAGAUGCUGAAAACUGGGGACUUUGUUAUCAUCAAUUCCUCACUCUGCCUCCCUUUGCCAUUCUCAUCCUUGAUCAGGCCUUGUUUACUGAGCCCCUGUGCAAGGCACAACAGACCAGCUCAUAAGCAAAGCCCCCAUAUUAUGGCUGUAAAGCAAGUUUACAUCCAGACAAGGAAGCAGAAGAAACUGCAUUUCAUUGUGGGUGGACAUGCCUACCUGCUGCCCAAAACUUCUGUUAUCCUCCGAUGCCCUACCAGGAGGUUCCGGAAGUCAAUGAUCACUUGGGAGAAGGAUAACAAGAGGCUUGUCAGCUCGUCUCACAUCACGAUUGCACCCUAUGGCUACAUGAAAAUCCAUCAUCUGAAGCCUUCAGAUGCUGGGACAUACACCUGCACAGCAGGGCCAGCCCGGGAGCAUUUCAUAAUUAAAUUGAUUGGAAGCAACAAGAAGAUCAUUGCUGGGCAGCCAGCUGGUGUUAGGGAGGAAGAAGUCAUGAGAAAGGCCGGCUUAAAUGAUGCCUUGCGCACAGAGGAUAAACAGUUCAAUGGGAUUUUCUUCAAUGGUAGCAAGGCUGAGAAGCGAGGGCACCUUGCUAACCCCAGCAGAUGGUAUGACAAUAUUGUCUCAAGGCUGCUACAGCUCAGGGGCUGGCCAGGGGAAAAUUUGGAGUCCUGGGAAGCCCAGGAGUCCAUGGAGAGAAAUGCAUCCUCAGAAGAGGACCAGAGCCGGGAGCAUAGCCUGCCAUUUACUAUGGUCACAGAGCAGAAACGCUUCGAUGAUAUAAUAAGGAAUUUGUCACAACAACCUGAGGAGCUUAAAGAUAUUUACACUGAGCAUCUUGUUGUGCAGUUGGCUCAGGAGAUUUUCAAGAGCUACUUGGAGCACCAGGAAUUUGUCCUCAAAGCAUCAAGGCGAAAAGUUGAUUCAGCCUCCGUGGAGUACCCUCUCCACAGACGUGUUUCUGGAUUUACCAGCUCCCUGAGGACAUCAUCUGCUGAAACAUUUAUUCCCACCUCUGUAAACCUGGCAAAUGGCUUAUACAGGCCUCAUCAAAAGCCUGCCAUCCUCCGAAAGAUUUCAGCAGCACAACAACUUUCUGCUUCAGAGGUUGUCACCCACCUGGGACAGACAGUGGUCCUAGCGAGUGGCACACUGAGUGUGCUGCUUCACUGUGAAGCAGUGGGAAACCCAAAGCCCACCAUCAGCUGGGCUAAGAAUGGAGAGGAAGUGAAAUACAAUGAUAGGUUGCUCCUUCAGCCUGAUGACUCCUUACAGAUUCUAGCACCCGUGGAAUCUGAUGUGGGUUUCUAUGCUUGCAAUGCAUCCAAUGCCCUGGGAUCUGACUCUGUCUCCAUUGCUGUCACCCUAGCAGGAAAGCCACUGAUAAAGGCAUCAAGAGCUACCAUGAUUAACACUGAAUCACCUGCUGUCACUGUUGAUAUUGGAAGCAUGCUGAAAACAAUCCAGAAAGCAAAUGUUAGCAUUAACUGCCAGGUCGCAGGUGUUCCUGAAGCAAAAGUUACUUGGUUUAAGAACAAGGUCAAGCUGUCCUCAACUCACCAUCUGCAUGAUGGUUUGCUGUUAAUACCAAAUGUUUCUCUAUCAGAUCAGGGGUUAUACUCCUGCAAGGCAGCCAAUCUUCAUGGGGAAAUAACUGAAAGUUCCCAGCUGUUGGUUCUUGAGCCUCCACGACCUCUUCCUUACCUAGAAGAGUUGACAGCAGUGCUUAGCAGUGCUGGGCCCAACACCCAUUCAGUGCUGACUUCUCCUUCAGGAACAAAAUUGACUGUCAGUCCAGGGAGCUCUGCUCUCAUAGGUUGUGCUGUCGAUGGACAUCCAACCCCAAACAUCACCUGGCUUUACUCUGGUGAGCCUCUCAGUCUGCAACAUCAACUCCUGGCAGCAGGACGGAUUCUUGAGAUAGCCAAUGUCAGUGAUUUCACUGAUGGUGAAUUCAGCUGCCUUGCUCAGAAUGAGGCUGGCUCGCUCACACAAGUAACGUCCCUGGCUAUACAAGAGUACCGGUGGUCGGUGGACAAACUGACGGCUUGUUCGGCUUCCUGCGGCCACAGAGGGCUGCAGCUGCCCCAGCUGACGUGCUUACUGGAUGGGGCCGAAGUCAACGCAUCCUACUGCAGAGAGACACCCAAGCCAUCUCUGCAGCCCAUCGCGUGCAACAGGAGGGACUGCCCUUCACGGUGGAUGGUAACAUCCUGGUCUCCUUGCACACGGAGCUGUGGCGGAGGCAUACAGAUGCGUCGAGUGACAUGCCAGCGCCUGACAGCGAAAGGCAGCUCUGUCCCUAUGUCAAACGAGGCUUGUGCCCAGGUGUCCAAGCGCCCUGUGGACACACAGAACUGUAACAAGCAGCCCUGUGUUGAGUGGGCAGCCUCCUCCUGGGGCCAGUGUAAUGGGCCUUGCAUUGGACCACGACUGGCUGUACAGCACAGACAGAUAUUUUGCCAGACCAAAGAUGGGACUUCUGUGUCAUCUGAUCAAUGCAGUUCUUUACCAAGGCCAUUCAGCACCCAGAACUGCUGGACUGAUGUCUGUGGUGUGCACUGGAGAGUCAGCCUAUGGACCGUCUGCACGGCUACAUGCGGAAAUUACGGCUUCCAGUCGCGGCGUGUGGACUGCGUGCACAUCCGCACCAACAAGCCCGUGAUGGAGCACCACUGCUCCUGGAGGCCAAGACCAGCAAACUGGCAGCGCUGCAACAUCACACCCUGUGAAAAUGUGGAGUGCAGAGAUACCACAAGGUACUGUGAGAAAGUGAAGCAGCUCAAACUCUGCCAGCUCACCCAAUUUAAGUCACGUUGCUGUGGGACUUGUGGAAAAUCUUGAAGACAGACGAAAUGAAAAUGGAGGAACAAGGGGAUCACAGCCUUUUCUUCACUGAAAAAAGGCUUUUGCAGAAAAUACAGAUGGAUGGAAUGAUCUUUUUCAUUUUAUUUAUUUAUUUCCCUUUAAAAAAAAAAUCCAACCCUUUAACAAAUCAUUGUUGUAAAGGGACUCGACAAGUUUUCCCUUCUAUGAAUCUGGGAGACGGAAUGCAGAUAAACGUGGUCAUGAGGGUAGACCAGAAAAAGUCAAAGAGAUCCAUGACACCAAGAGAUGGGUAUGAGAGGAGUGGGGCUUCCCCUCAAUCUGUGUACAUGCCUGUGGGACACACCAAGAGACAGGUGAGGAAGAGGACCAGAGUCAAAACCUAGCAUCAUGUUACAGAAUCACAGGACCAUCAAGGUCAAAAGAGAU